AACAGAGGAAAGGUAUUUAUUGUAAUAAUAAUUACCUUAAAUGUCACUCUAGUGCAAUGUCAUAAAGGCCAAAACAGUCGAAUAAUCAUAGAAAUAUUAUUUUCAGUAUGAAUAUCAAAGUAUUCUCUUGAAUAAAGUACAUUGAUUUAAGCGAGAAAAUCAUACAUUUUAAACUAUCUAUUUAAACGUUUAAGUUUAUACAACUAGCUCAAACUUUGAUAUAAUUAAAAUCAGAAUAUUGACGUUUGGAAGAUGGCGACAUCGGCAGGAGAGUCGGACAAUAGCAGCGAGCAUUCUAUUGAAAUAAAUGGAACUAAUGAUAUGAUAUGUGCAAAAUGUUACAUAAACGGAGAUGAGAACGGGGCUGUUGGAAUAUGUAAAAUUUGUAAAUAUUACCUUUGUAGUCAGUGUGUUGAUGUUCAUCGAAAGGAUGAUCGCCAUAAAAAUCAUCCAAUCGCAUUCUUUUACUGUCAAACAAAUCUGAUGGUUAACAAAUUAGUCCGUGCAGACUCUUUUUGUUUGGACUGUGGACAUUAUCUUUGUCAGAAAUGUAAAAUGAAUCACCGGGGAUUUCGUGAAUACAGGCAUCACACCUUUAUUGGAGGAAAGGCAGCUUUUGAUAAUCCAUUUGAACAUGCGAUGAUUAGAAAGCCGAUAUCGUCAAAAAGCAGCAGGAAAAUAAUGUCGAGAAUGUCAAAGUCUACAGACAGGGAGUCCGGCAGAAAGUCCCCAUACCUAAGCAGUAUAGGAAAUCUCCCUGUUUUAGUUCCAAAGAAGCAGUCCGUGGCUAUUGAUAAACCGGUGUAUGAUAAACCAAGAACUUUGGUCAAAGCAACCACAGGACGUAUGCAAGGUGAACGUGCACAUGAAACAGGAGUAAAGCCAAAGAGUGUUCAUUAUGAUGAUGAACAUGUCAAAGAAAAUGCAGAAUUGAUAGGUGAAUUUAAUCUGAAAGGAGAAGAAGAUAAGGCAAAAUGUCACAUUAUAUCAUCUGUCUUUUUGGAAAACGACAAUCUUGUUGUCGCAGAUAAUGGCAACAAAAAUAUAAAAUUGUAUGACUCGCGAUACAGAAAUACAUCUUCAAUAAAUAUUUCAAAAUUUCCAGUCGCACUAUCAACAUGCAAACAAGUUGAUUCAGAGUUUUUUGCCUCCAGUGGAAGCAAUGUAUUGCUAUUUGGAACAGAUGAAGGAUUACAAAUAAUACGUACAAUUGAAACGGAUGUGCCUAAAAUAGAAGGUCUAGCACCUUGGGAAUCUGGCGUCGCUAUUGUUUUCAAGUCUUAUAAGUCACGAGCGGAUAAGAAAGGACAUCUAGAAGUGCACUUGAUAACCUAUGCAGGGGAUAUCCAGUACGAAAUCACAAUCAGCAGUCAAUUUAGCGUAAAGAUGGUGACACCAAUAUGGUAUAUAACUACGACAAAUGACGGGCGAGAACUCCUUCUGUCUGAUACUUGUCUUAACAGAAUUAUUAGCAUCGAUAUCCAAAACUGGCAUGUUGUAUACGUUUUGCGAGGGAAGUCCAAAGGUGGCGCCCCAGGAAGUCUUGCUAUGGAUCCGGAUGGAAAUCUUCUUGUCACGUGGUACGGGGAAGUGCAUAAAAUAUCAAAACAUGGACGGGAUUUGGGUGUCCCUGUGUCUAAUAUUAAUAGACAAUCGAUAAUUGUUUACAAUCAAAGGACACAGAACCUCGUUGUACAUUCGUGGUCCAAAUUCCAAACUGACAAAUUCAGGGUGUAUCAUCUUCAAUAGUAAUAAGUAAGCAAGGCAAGCAAAGUACGUCUUCGAAUAGCUUGUACAAAAAAUACACAUGAAAUAUAUUGGACCAAAAUGACUUUUAUGAUUUACUAUUACCACGUUAUAUGUUUGUGCCAUAAUCAGUAGAGUAUCAAUAACACAAGACUGAUGUAUAGUGUCUGGCAGAGCCAGACGUCUUUAUUGUCUAAGUUAAUCAAACUAUCAACCAAAAACUUUCAAUACGCUUUCAUAUAGAAAACAAUUGAAAUAAACGUUAUAUAACAGUUGACACAAAGUUUGACGACAAAAAAAAAUAACUUAGAAAUUGUUUCAUUUAUAAUUGCUUUAUCUAUUGUUCUAUUUUAACAAUUAUUAUGAACAUUGAAUUAUAUUAUAUCAAUUUAUUUAUUUCAAUGUAAUUAAUUUAAUAUAGCAUCUCAUUGCUUAGUCUAGAGUUAGUCUGUUAUACAACUUUAAUAAGCAAGGUAAUGAUAUUUCAUAUUCAUGCAUGUAAUUUUAUGGAAUCUCAAACUUAAUUUUCAAAUAGAAAUAACAAUGCAAUAUCUAAUGACAGUAUAUUUAAAUGUCUGAUGUGUUACUAUUACAGACAGACUUUAGCAACUUAUAACAGCUUUUUUAGGGUGCUAUAUUUAACAUUUUCGUUGUAAUCUAGUAUAAAAAUAGAAAGAGUGCCUUAUACAUACUAUACCAUGAAAAACAGAAAACAUAUUAGUUUAGAUAAAUAAAACAAUGAAAAGACAUCAAAAAAGGAAAAGUCAAUAUUCCAUUACAGAUCUAAAAUAAGUUACCUUUAUUGUGUGUAAUUACCUUGGCUGAGUGAGCAUGUAAGCGAAAUGAAUAAAAAUUGUAACAAAAUACUUUUUCUCAUUGUUAUUCUCUAUACAAUCUUGUGGUAUUGUUUUAAACAAAAUCUUAUACUCUCACAUAAUCACAAUGUCGCCCCGUGUUGCUAACGUACAGUGUAAUAAAAAGGUUUUGUAACCUGUGUUAUUUUUUAUCUUAAAUAAAAUGGAAAAUACUGUUGAUGAUUUGACACUGCAAAAAGAUGUCAGUGGUUAUAGCUCUUUCUUUAAAACACAAGUUUCUCUUUUGAAUGAUAAUAAGGAAAAAGGUACAGAUAAUAAGGAAAUAAAUGCAAGCGAAAAUGAAAAUAAUACUGCCAAAAUAGACGUUUCUAAAAAUGACCAUACGGAUGAUUGCGUUAAGAUUCACAGCGGCACUGAAACUGUUGAUGAAAUGAGUAAAGACAAUAUUGAAAAAGUAGACGAUACAGUACAAAACGUUUCCAAAUUCCAGGCUCAUUCAGAAAAAGGGGGUCAGCUUGAUGACGAAUUUGAUUCACAAUUAAGAUCAAUUGCUGAGAACACAUUCAAUAAUUUGAGUGAACAAUCAAAAGCUCAAAGCAAUGAAGAAAAUGAUGCUAAGAGAAAUUAUCAAAGAAAUGACAGCACUGUUAGCGAUUAUAACCAGGAAAAAUCAAUCAAAAACGAGAACGUGGAAACUAUCCAUCAGGGAAAUGUUCCAGUAAGUUCGGGUUCCAAACAACAAGAUGAUGCGGUUGAAAGUGAUCAUGUUCAACAAGCAAGAGACAGUAAUGAAAAUAAUCAGUUUUCAAUACAACCGAUUCAGUUAUCAGAACAGGUAAACAUGACAAGAAGUACACCAGUUCCAUUACGAAUGAGUACUAGUGAUAUAUUAGAAACUAAUGAUAAAAACAGCUCAACAGAAGCCAGCAGGCCGUCAACAUAUUUGCAAAAUGAUGAAGUAAAGAAUAUUCAGAACAAAGAUGAUAAUGAAGAUCAAAUGCCUGAAAUUAAACAAGAAGAACCCAAUAAAACAACUUCCAGUGAAAAGAAAAUGGUUUUUGAAAGUCGCAUUGACACAGUUUCUAUAAUAGAGAACUUCGAGGAAACGACGGAUAGUUCCACCAUAAUAAAUCAAGAUGUCGAUGAAUCACAUGGCGACAAUCAUCUUGUGAAUGGCGAAAAGGAAGAACCGGUUCAAGAAAGUUCAGAAAUUUUAAUUGCUAACAACUCUAAAGAACAACCGGACAUAAUACAUAUGAUGUAUAAAUCUAUGGAAACAGAUGAAAAGGACUCAACAAAUCAAAAUGCUAACAAUCCAGGAAGCAAUUCCGAUAAAGACCCAGAAAAUGUUUCUCGGCGUGACGGUUUACCAGAAGAGAACAUAUAUUUUACCGGCAGACUUCCGUCCCUUCUUUCAAGGGAUGAAACAAUACAGUUGACUAGUGCAAAAACUUCCGAGAGAUACGAAAAAAGCGAUAAUGGGACGACUAAAGAAGAGGGGAUCGUCGUAACUUCAAAAGUAUCGCAAGACAGCGAUGGACGAGACAAAUUUGGAGAAAAUGAAAGUGUGAAUUCACCUAUUGGCAACAAAUCGCAUGGUGUGAUAACGAAGGAAGAUGCUAAGCCCGCCGGUGGAAAGCCUCUAACACCUUCAAGACAAAUACAAGACCUUCUACAAGAAAUCAAGGGCACGUCAUCUGAUGUCAAAGAAAAUACACAAAAUCGCUCUAAAUGCAACGACAAUAGUAAGAAUCAAUAUGACAUUGCGAGUAAACCUUUUCCAGACGCUAUCAUGAUAGUUCAGGAAGCAAAUGAGCCCACAGAAGCCUCGAAUGACGAUAGAAACAGCAAUACCGUUAACAUGACCGUAGAUGAUAUCAAUAAAGUGACAUCUAAAGUUUUAGGAACUAAUUAUGCCGAUGAGCAUUGCUCUAGAUUUGAUAAUAUUCCACACAUAAAACAAAUUGAUGACUACGUAAAGCAAAGCAAGAAAACAGACAAUGAACCACAAACAAAUAUUUCAACAAAUUUAGAUAAAUCAAAAGAACCAGAUGUUAACAAUUCUAAUACUCAUGAGGCAAACACGGAAACUAAAAGAAUUACUGGUGAAUUAGAUCUCCUACCUAAAAUGAAUAACAAAACAAAAAAAGCAAGUGUUAACACUGACAAUACCACACAUAAUGAAAUGAGCUAUCGAAGUAUUGAAACUGAAAAAGAAAUUGAUGAAUCUGAAUUGCUGCAUACAAAGAAUGGACAGUUGCCACAACGACCUCAUUCGAAAAAACUUAGUGAGAGUGGUUCAAACCGUAGCGAAAUUCACGUAGAGAAUCAACAAGUGAAACGAAUUUCCACUGAGAGUCAGCCACAAGAUUCACAAAUUGUUAAAAGUUCGUCUACUGAAAACGACUUAAAAGAAAUUAUUGCAUCGGCGAAGGUUGCAAUAAGCACUGGCACAGAAACUACUGAAUCACAAUUUGGUUUUGGAACAACGGAAACUUCAGGUUUUACUCUUCGAGGUGACGGCAUGUCGCAUUUAAAGAGAGAAACAGCUACAUCACAUACCACAUCUAAGGGGAUAUGGAGCACAACAACACAGAGCGAUGAUCACGAGGCUUUAUCGUCACUGAUAUGUUCAAACUGUCUGCAUGUCGAUACUAACAUUCAUUUAGCAGGUUACUGUACUAAUUGUCAGCAAUACCUUUGUAAUGCAUGUAUUUCUGUUCAUAAUGCCAAUUCGAGUACAAGAAAUCAUGAGAUAGUCCCAUCCUAUUGCAAGAAUGAGUUGGCAAUCAACAAGUAUGUACAAGCUACUGGCUACUGUGCAGAUUGUUCAAUGUUUCUUUGUAUGAAGUGCGUUGUCCAACACACUGGUUUUAGAGCAAACAGACGUCAUAGAAUCAUUCAAAGCUCAUUCGUCUCUAAAUCAAUGGACCAUAGAAAGGAAGCAAAUGCAUUUCUCGAUACAAUUCAAGAUAAAGUGGAUUUGAAUGCCAGCGAAGCAUCUUUAGACACAAAGAAAGAUAGAAAAAAGAAGAGGAAAUUACUAUCAGAUUUAGAUAACUCGAAUCCAUACAGUUCCCCGUUCAAGCAUGUUCCAGAGUCCUUGUAUCCUGGUCCAAACAAGAGGGUCACCUCUUCAUAUACUAAACAUCCUAAAUGGGCACAUUCAAGUAUACCAAAUCUACCUUAUUUGGUUCAACCAAAGCCUAUUCCAGAUCGAGUUUUUCAUGCGGCGGGACAUCACAGACCAGUUAUGAUAUACACAAAACCAAAACCAGGUUUUGACGCAAUGGCCGCGAAGUUCAAGUCACUAAAGGCAAAGUAUAAAGUAAAGGAUUCGCCAAAAACAGCUCGGAGAAGAGAACACGCAUUGUUUACAGCAAGGCCGAUAACAAGCCGAGAGGGUUACAGUGUACAUGAUAUGGACAGUGUGAAAAGUCAUAUUUCUGGCGGGAGAUCAAUAAAGCCCAGAAUUGUGCAGAAAACUACAGCCGGUAAAAAGGAAGUUGAGUUUAUUAAUGAGCAUUGCUUAAGUAUACCAUUUCCUCGUGGCGAAAAGAGAACAGACAUACUAGCAAUGUCAAUAUUAAUGGAUGGAAGACUAGCAAUACUUGAUAAAAAUAACAACAAUGUCAAACUUUUCAGUAAGUCGUUUCAUUGUAUUGCGGCUUUACAAUUUCAAAACAGACUGAUUGAUAUAUGUGCAUCCAAUUUGUGUCCAACAGACGUUUAUACCGCAACACCUAAGAAUAUAUAUGAAGUUUCAGCACUCAAAGGAAUGGAUAUUUCAAGAAAUAUAAAAGUUGAAAUUAAGCGAAUAGAAGGUAUGGUUAUAUGGAAAUAUGGCGUAGCUGUAAUCUCAAAGAAAACAAAUAUCACGUGGGAAUUGCGGCUUCUAGACUACCGUGGAAAUUUGAAGAGCAAACUAGAAGUGUUCAAUCCAUUUACGCUGGACAUUGCUAGUAGCACACUUCACCACAUGACUUCUUCGAGAGGAGGCAAGUUUAUCUCUAUAUCAGACACGAAAAAUUCGUGUAUCAUUACAGUUGAUGUCACAACGAGAGUUGUAAUGCAUGAAACGAUGUUAGAGGAUGGGAAACAUCCAACAUAUCUAGCAUCGGAUGGUGAGGGGGGUCACAAUAUAUAUGUAUCUUGUGAUAACAAAGUCUACCAGAUAUCUAAGAAAGGCAAGGUGCUCGGUGUGUUAAUUGACAAAGCUAAAGAGAAUGGAGAAAUUGGAAGUAUUAUCUUUAACAAACUUAAUAAUAGAAUGUACAUUAAAACAGGAAAAGACAUGAUUAGCGAAUACCAAGUAUACUUUUAAGAACACUUACACGCAAACUUGGUUUUCCAUUGGUCAUUUAAAAUCUUUGUAAAAUAAUAUACAAAAUUGUAUUGCAUAAGAGACUUCAAUGCUCCUUUAAAACAUUUUAGUAUUUUUACGACGGCAAGCUUACUAUUCAUAGUUCAUUGUACGAGAUCAGUGUUUUCUUUAAUUUGGAACUUCAAAUUAUAUCCCCUUAUUUAAUAAUAUUAGAUUUGCUAUGUUACUUUUGAUAUUGUUAGACCUUUAAAUACGUCUACAGUUUAUAAUAACUUGUCAAAAAUAAAAAUGUUAAAGCACAUAAAUGAACUAAGUUAUUUAUGUA